UCCGUUUACACAAAGUUUUGCUCGAACAAGCUGUCUUAAUGGUUCCUGCGCGGCGGCGAGGAAACCUGAUCGGCUGAACGCCAGCCGGGUGGCGGGGCAAGGAGGAGGAGGAGGAGGAGAAACGGUGUGUGGGUGUGUGUUUGUGUAUGUGCACUGGGGAGGGGGGGAAGAGAGAGAGAGAGGGGAAAGGGGGGGAAACCCACAAACCCACACCACCCAACUCCAAAACAAGGGAGGGGGCGGUGGAAAAUGUCCUCUGCCUCCCCCACCGCCCCGAUCCCCGGCGUGGUGGCAGCGAUCAAGCAGGAAAACGUGCUGGCGGACAUGCUCUCCGGCGUCGGGGCGCCCGAGAAGGCAGCCCGGGAAGGCUGCGCGCCGCCUUUCGCCAGGAAGCAGGAGGAGGACGACGACGGGGAAGACGAGGACGACGAGGAGGAGGCAGCGGCGGAGGCGGCGGACCAGGUCCUGCUCCACGCCGAGCUGCUGGUGCGCAACCAGCACCAGCGCCACGCUGCCCUCGCCAGCGCGGUCGCCUGCUCCUCGCCGUCUCCCGCCUCGCCUUGCUCGUCGUCGCCGCCGCAGGCUCCGCUGGCUUUCUCCCCGGAGCACGUCGCGUGCGUGUGCGAGGCUCUCCAGCAAGGCGGCCACCUGGACCGGCUGGCGCGGUUCCUGUGGUCGCUGCCGCGGAGCGACCUGCUACGUGGCAACGAGAGCCUGCUGAAGGCGCGCGCGCUGGUGGCUUUCCACCAGGGUCUUUACGCGGAGCUGUACGGCAUCCUGGAGAGCCACAGCUUCGACGCCGCCAACCACGCGCUGCUGCAGGAGCUCUGGUACAAGGCGCGCUACAGCGAGGCGGAGAGGGCCCGCGGGCGGCCCCUGGGCGCCGUCGACAAGUACCGCCUGCGCAGGAAGUUCCCCUUGCCGCGGACCAUCUGGGACGGCGAGGAGACGGUGUACUGCUUCAAGGAGAGGUCGCGCAACGCGCUCAAGGAGCUCUACAAGCAGAACCGCUACCCGUCGCCCGCCGAGAAGCGCAACCUGGCCAAGGUCACCGGGCUCUCGCUCACGCAGGUCAGCAACUGGUUCAAGAACCGACGGCAGAGGGAUCGCAACCCCUCUGAGCCGCAGUCCAAGAGCGAGUCGGAUGGCAACCCCAGCACGGAAGAUGAGUCCAGCAAGGGGCAAGAGGACUUGUCUCCCCACCCGCUUGCCAGCGCCUCUGACGGAAGUGCCACCUUGAACCUUCCUGGCCACUUGGAGCCCGUCUACAUGCAGCAGCUUGGAAACUCCAAAAUAUCUCUAAGCUCCCCGGGGGUUUUGUUGAACGGGAACUUGGUGCCAGCCAACCCGUCCCCCGUUUUCCUCAAUGGCACCUCUUUCAUCCAGGGGCCCAACGGGGUCCUCCUCAACGGGCUCAACGUGGGCGCCACCUCGCAAGCGGUGCAGUUGAAUCCGCCCAAAACGUCUCCGAGCGCUUUGAGCAAUGGCAUGCCCUUGGCCGACAUGCUGGCCUCUUCGUCGGAAGAUGUGAAAGACUUCAAAAUCCUCCAGACUUCCAUGUCCAAUUCCGCAGCCCCGUCGACGACAACGACGACAGCAUACAGCCCCAGUUCUGCCCCUUUCUCAGGUCUGAUACCGAGCCUUGAGGUGAAGAGGGAAGAAAGCGAAGAAGCCAUCGCCUCGCAAGACGGCAGCUCCAUUGUGACCUUCACAGGCCCUGUCCAAAUAAACCAAUAUGGCGUCGUCCAGAUUCCCAAUUCGGCAACAAACGGAGGCCAGCUCCUCAACGGGGGCAUCAGUUUUUCGCCGGUCCAGCUCCCUCCUGUGUCAACAGCAACUUCCCAAGGCAACUUGCCGCUAAAUCAAAGCACACCGAGCAGUGGCACGUUUACAAGCGACUCCGCUGGGACGCAGCAAGGGAAAGUGUUUUUCAGCAACCUUCCUCCCAGCGCGGUGGUGUACACGCUCCCCAACUCGAGCCAGGCCAUCGGGCCAGUCAAGCAGGAAGGGCUGGAGGCCAGCCUGGUGUUUUCUCAAGUAAUGUCCCUCGGCCAGAACCCGCAACUCCACGCAACUCUGCCUUCGGACAGCCUCUCCGGCGGGGGCCUGCAGGCAGGGCCUUCCUCGCUCGUCAACGUCACCCUGUCACAUAACUUUUCCCUGGGACCGCCCACUCUGAUAAACUCCGAAGAACUUGGCUCGCCCGUGUCCGAGAGCCCACCCCUGUCGGCCCCCGCCACAAGCGGGGCUACCGUGGUUUCCAUCACCAACUCAAACUAUGCAACACUCCAGAACUGCUCCCUCCUCGCUGGCCACGACCUGAUGUCCAUUUCGGCGACGCAGACGGCACUCGGGGGGAUCGGCCCGGCCAUUGGCAGCCACGUUGGACCCCACCCGUCGCUGCAAGUUCACCCCCAUUUCGCCCCCCGGGAGCAGCGGUUGGUGCUACAGCCGGUCACCAGCCUAAAGGAAAACUUCAUGUCCGAGGCCGAGAGCAAAUCCGCUAGCGGCUUGAUGAUGCUGGAUUCGAAAACCAAAUACGUAAUGAGCAAUAUGGUCGACGCAAUCUGCGAGGAGCUGGAGACAGACAAGAAGCAGCUGGCCAAGCUCCAGACUGUGCAAAUGGACGAAGAUAUGCAAGACUUGUAAAUUAAUAAUAAUAAUAAUUAAUUUUGUUGGUUCAUAUUUCCAUAGAGAAGCCAGAUCCUAGGACGCGCACAGAGUGUUGUUGUUGUUGUUGUUUUUUCUCACCUAGUCAAGUUAUGCAUACAGAUUAACCAAAAAAGAGAGCACAUUUUGAAGGGUCUGCUACAACGAAGUGGAAAUCUCCGUUAGGAAUAUGAGAUUGCCAUGCGUUUUUUGCAUGAACUCUGACCUUUGUUAAACUUGGAAAUUGGGGGGGGGGAGGUACAGCAUACCAGUCAGAUACGGGAUGGUUUGGCUUACUAAUAUAAUCCAAAUAGUUUUAUUAGACAUGCAACACUUCCAUGUAUUUUCAGAAAGUAUAUCCUCCAAAUAUUAGAUAGGAACGAGAAUUACCUUUUUGAAAAGUCUGGGUGUGGGGAGCCAGUCUCUCGCAUUCUGUUCUGGAUACUUCUGGGCAUUGACGAAGGUGGCGUUUGUUUUUAAGGAAUGUUCUAGAUGAUACCUCAUGAGCUGCUGUUACCUCCUUGGCAGAGAAAGCGCAAGUUUGUUUUUGUUUGGCCGGUUUCUUUUCCUUUCCCUCUUUUGCUUUUUGCAGCAGAGUCCUUUUUGCAACCGAAAGUUCUGUGCACUCCACCUUUGUGGUUCCUGAAACGUUACAUGACUUUUCCUUUUUCUUUCCUUCUCUGUAAGGCCGCCGUCUGCACUAUAUGUGUAUUGAAAGCACUCUCACACCACUUUUAAACAGCCAUCGCUUCCCCACAAGAAUGCUGGAUACUGUGGGGUUGUUUCGGUUUUUUUUAAGUUGCUGCAUGAAGCUGUGAUUCCCAGCAUAAUCAAUCCCUCUCCCUAGGAACUCUGAGCAACUUCAACAAACCACAGUUCCCAGGUACGCUGCUGCUUUAAAUGUAUAGUGCAGAUUGCGCCUUAGGUAGGAUUAACCAACAUGGUGCCUUCCAAAUGUUGCUAAACUACAGCUCCCAUCAUCCCAGAUCAUUGGCCAUGCUGGGUGGGACUGAUGGGAGCUGGAGUCUUAACACCCACACACACACACCCUAGAGGGGUACCAUAUUGACAACUCCUGCUCUAAGAGUUUGGAAUCAGUGCUGUGGAAGAAAAAGUCCGUUUUGCAACUUGGAAUCAUGCAGCGUAGAAUCCUCUGCUCCACUAUUUAUGUAAAUAUUGUUUUGAUUGCUCCCAAAAGGGACUCCUCUUUUUAUUAGUAUGUUGGGUUGUAUUUAUAGCUGUUGGUGUCCCAUUUAUCAUUUUUAGACAUGUCGCACAGUUUUUACAACUGCUUAAUUUAUUUUUGGUAUUUUUGAACAGGAAGUCACUUCUGAACAUUUUAAAACUUUCCCCCGCCCCCUCUUGCUAGGGCUUGCAUCAAUUGGUGUUGUUUUUGUUUUGUUUUGUUUUUUAAAAAAAUUUUCAGACUGAUUUAGACAAAAGGUUAAACUUUCUGAUGUUGGAAUAUAAACGAAUGCAAUUCGGAGACUCUGGGACAUUUCCCCCCUGGCACCGCUUCUGCCCUGUGAAUUUGUGUUUUCUGUUUUAAAGUAAUAUUACAAGGUUCAUGUAUUUUUCUACAGAAGAACGAUAAUCCCGCGUGCCUUUUUGCCUAGUGGCCUUACAUCUUUGUGACGACAAGCACAGCUAAUGUACAAAAUGUGAACUCUGUUGUGAAGCAAUCUAACCUGAUUUAUCUUAUUUAUCUGCGCAGUCCCCUUGAAACUAAUGCCGGUGCUCUGAUAAAUAAGGAAAUUGUGAUUGGUCACUUGGGGUGAAAUUGCCCCCCUUGGCGCACAAAGACAACAGAUUAAACCAUUUGAAACUGGAUAACUCUACCCCAACCCCCCCAGUACUGCCCGUUCUUCUCACUUUACUUUUUGGAGUUGCAGUGAUUUUGGCAAAAGGGGAUUUUUGAAUAUAAACCUUGAUAUCCCAGCUUCCCAGUUUUAAUUCAGAAAAAUAAAUAAAUCCCAAGGCCUGUGAAAGGAUUCCACUUGAUUGAACUCAGCUGGUAAUCUCCUCUUUGGCCCACAUUAUCCUGGAUCUAUCUUUGAUCUAGAAUAAGCAGCCCCUUAACGUUACUCAGAAAUAGAAUUGUUCUAGCGCCAUUUGCAACAUAUACAGAAGGCUUGGGAUGUCAGCCUGGUCAAAUAUGUGAUCCCUUUUGUCAAUGGGUUGUAUUUCGCCCCUUUUUUGUCUGCGUGCAAUAAAGUCAACAACAAGCACGUCUUUAAUAACUCUGAAGAUGAUGGCAAUUUGCACAUUUUACUUUUUUGAAACAAUAAACUCGAAGGGCAUUUCCGUAUGCGAUGUUUAAACCUUGCUUUAAAUUGCUCUCAGCUUCCUCUUACGCCGUUGUCCCAACCUGCAUUAACUGCAUCCAUCGCUUGUGACAUGGCAAGGGAGAUGCUCAGAAGUCCCUUGUAGAGCGAGUCUGUGAGAGUGAUAAGGGGAGAAAUCUGUAGUCCUGUGGUUCUUGUCCCUCCCCUUACGUUGCAGAGCUAGGGAGUGCUAGCAGAGGGGCUCUCCUUUGUUUUUAUCUCACGAGCAGGUCUCCAGAAAACCAUUAUAUGGCCUUUAUUUGCAGUGGACAAACAACUUGGCCUGAUCUGUAAUUGGCAGCAGAAAGGAUUCCUAGGGUCGGCUUGUUUACUGGGCAAAUGGUAGUAUGAGCAAACAGAACCUGGUUAGAAGAGCUUUUGUGAAACCAUAAUUACUAUCGGGCAUUGGAGAAAGUGUUCAUGGUCCCCACCAUUCUUAGGGCAGCUGGAGCUGGUGCAAAUUCCCCCCCUCCUUUACCUGUAGGCUUCCUGGUGGGAUUCCUGGACUUGGUGAAUGUGGCCAGUGGAAGGCAAGCAGCGCACUAGCCCAGUAAGCUCAGCCUGCCUAAUUGGUCCCACUUACAACCCAUUAGUGUCUAAUACAGGGCUUCCCAAACUUGGGUCUCCAGCUGUUAUUGGACUACAACUCCCAUCAUCCCUUGCUAGCAGACCAGUGGUCAGGGAUGAUGGGAACUGUAGUCCAAAAACAGCUACUGCAUGUGCAGAGGAGGGCAACCAAGGUGAUCAAGGGUCUUAUGAGGAACGGCCGAAGGAGCUGGGAAAAGAGGAGACAGGAUAGCCAUCUUCAGAUAUCUUGAGGGCUGCCACAGGAAGGGUGGAGCAAGCUUCUUUUCUCCUGCUCCGAAGGGUAGGACUCGAACCCAUGGCUUCAAUUUACAAGAAAGGAGAUCCCGACUAAGCAUCAGGAAGAACUUUCUGACAGUAAGAGCUGUUUGGCAGUGGAACAGACUCCCAUGGAAGGUUGUGGCCUCUCCUUUCUUAGAGGUUUUUUAAGCAGUGGAUGGAUGGCCAUCUGUCAUGGAUGCUUUAGCUGAAAUUCAUGCCUCGCAGGAAGUAAGACUGGAUAACCCUCGGGGUCCCUUCCAAUUCUAUGAUUCUAUGGAAUUUGUGCUUUACCAGAAUGCUUUUUAACUUAUUUAUUUCUGACAGACAGGAGCUUUGCCAUGUACUUAAGAGAAAAUGAAUACUUUUCAAACAUACCGUAUGGCAAGAAUCUUGGCGAUAACCUUUUCAGCUGUCUAUCUAGCCGUUAAUUAAUGGUGUUGAGUGUGAUCUUGUUGAUUGGUUGCCGCCACCGCCUUUAGUUUUAAAGAAUCCAAAGUUCGUCUUACAGGUUUUAGUGUGUCUGUCUCUGCGGCCGCCUUGGACCCAGUCUGAGCACAAUGCUCCAGAGGUUUAAGAAUGCCAGAAUUCGUGUGCUGCUUCUCACUGUGGCUAAACAGAACCUCCUUGACAUAGUUUUGAUAAUUAUCUCGUUCAGGUUAAUUUUUUUAAAAGGGAAAUUAAGCAUCCUAGGCUACAAAAAGGCGAUUUCUGGCUCAGUUCGACACCCUGGAGUGGCCUGUUAUAGGAUUUCAUAGAAUUGUAGAGUUGGAAGUGUGGCUACGAUUCCAAGAUGCAGCUGGUGGGCUGGAUCUGAAGCCAUACAAAAUGUAAUAAAUUGAGCCAGUGAAAGAUCUUGCACCAUAAUGAAUUGCAGGGGGUUGGACUAGAUGACCCCCAGGGGUUCCUUCCAACUUUUGCUAUGAUAUGAUAUGAAACUCUAGAUCUUGUGCAAGGUCUCGUGCUAACCGUUGGAUUUCGGCUCUCUUUUUCGCACACAAGGAUAUUGCACUAAGCCAAAAACAAAAAAGCCCUUCUCCUCCAGGAAGAGGCCUUCUGUUUGCCAAAGAGCUCCUCUGAAUCCAGUCUGCCGGGUUAUAGAGCAGUGCCCCCCUUUUGAAAGGUCCUCCUCAGUUCACUGAGAAGACUCCUUCACGCAUGUUUAUGUCCUCUGCACUUGAUUAUUUAAAAUGUCAAGCCCUGCUUGAAAAGCACUGGGUUCUGGAUUUUGAAGAAAGUUCUGUUGGUGGUAUUGUAUCACAGGCCCAUUCACAAAUGCAACCAAACACUUGAUGUUACUGUUUUCAAGUGUGAACCGGGUCACAAUCCUGCACAUUGUGGUCUGCUGGUGAAUGUCUGCCCCGUCCCCAAAUGUUGCAUUCCAAGGCACAAUCCUUCCAUGUCAAACAUCCCUUAUUUUUGUGUCUCCUCUCUUGGGCAACUCUUGGUUUUUGAGUGCAUGUCAGUCAUCCUUAGGCCACCCUCACCCGGGUCUCUUACCUUGCCUCCGUUUUCUUUCACUUUCCUUUUGUUGCUGUCGAACCCUUCUGGGGAAUUGUGCAGAUCCUUCUCUUAAAUCAGACAGGAUCGUGGUUCUAUUCCGAGGCCAGUAUUUUGUUAGGCAAAGGCUUUCUUUGGGGGUGGGGGGAGGCAUUGUCCUGAGCAAAUAUUCGUUGAUGGCGUGCUAAAGGAAAUGGUUCUUUUCAUGGAAAGGCUUUGUGGUUCUGCCCGCACCUGUUGCCACUAACUCUUGAUCUGACUGUUAUUUUGAAGUGUUUUACCAAGACUCCUAAUUGCAGCUGUGUGCAUGCAGUCCCAUUGUCGCAGAAAGCAAUGCAGAAAGAACAUAAAAUAUGGGGGGGGGGAGAUACAUGCUUGUACAUACAGUACAUCCUAAAAACACCUGUGCAUGCAACAGCUACUGUAGUUAUAUUUCCCUGGCACUGCUUUCCACAUCAGCUGUAAAGUGUGGACCUGCCCUGCAAAUGCGGUGCUGAGUAUCACUGCAACAUCUCUUCCUAUCGCAGAGGCUUUUUACUUUGCAGUGCUCGCUACUGACAAUAGCUCUGAAGUCUUCCAGGAAGCAAAUAAGUGUGUGUUGCGCACUGGUGCUUUAAGCCUGUGUCCACUUAAGACAGAAUAAAUAUCUCAGGCUGCCUCCACUCUGCAGAACUACCAUUUGGUGGUGUUUGCAUCGGUUUGGAGACCUCCCGACAAAGGCUUCUGGGGUGCAAAUUCGGUGCACCUAGAGCACAUGAAGAGCUAUGUUGUGAUUUUUUUUUUCAUAUGGGCUGUAACACUUGGUGAUAUUGUUUUGGAGAAAUCUUGUGCUUACUACCCCGUGUGUGUGUGUGUGUGAACCUAGUUUUCCUGCACUUAGGAAACCUUAGGGAGAAAAGCUAUACAGUGUUACCUCGGUUUAUGAACACAAUUGGUUCCGGGACUCUGUUCAUAAACUGAAGCGUUCAUAAACUGAAGCGAACUUGCCCAUUGAAAGUAAUGGAAAGUGGAUUAAUCUGUUCCAGACGGUCCACAGAGUACUUAAACUGAAGCGUUCAUAAACUGAAGCGAACUUUCCCAUUGAAAGUAAUGGAAAGUGGAUUAAUCCGUUCCAGACGGUUCCGCAGAGUACUCAACCUGAAGCGUACUUAACCCGAAGCAUGGAUGUAAUUGGUUCCAGAAGUUCGUUCAUAAACUGAAGCGGACUUUCCCAUUGAAAGUAAUGGAAAGUGAAUUAAUCCGUUCCAGAUGGGUCCGCGGCGUUCGUAAACCGAAAAUUCAUAAACCGAAGGGUUCAUAACCCGAGGUUCCACUGUAUUGCUAGUUUUGGCGACAGAGAGAUUCCACCUAUCACUGGGAGUUUUCAAAACAAAAUACACAGUCGUCAUCAUCAUAUGCUAUGCAUGCCGAAUCACAUUCUCCAGGUACAGUAGUUUUAAAUACGCCCAGACCCUCAAACACCCAGAGAUGGUCUGAAAAUGGUUCUACUGGUAACCUGUUGUAACGAUAACUCCACUGCUAAAAGUCUGUUAGAAAAAUUCGCGAUGCUACGUGCUUGUUUUUUCCAAAGAUCUCCUGUAAAACUAAGCAGUUCACAAAACAUGUGGCCUAAAUAAUUGUAAUCUUGUGGUUUCUGCAAGCAGAUAGGAACAAGGCCAACUCACUGCACCCUUUUGGGGUGGUUUGUUUGGUUUUUAAACUAGUGUAUUUCAACUCGGUUUUUCAUUGAUGUCUCUCUCCAGUAACACAGGCAACUGCUUUUCAAUUAGGAAAUGUGUACACAUGUAAUUCAGAAAGGGUGUCAUUUCUGUUUCAAUGCCCCCAGUACAAUGAUUUGUUCACAGGCUGCCUUUGCCUCUCAGAAAUAAAUAAAUCGUAGCCCAGCCUACCAAGGUCUAAUACCCCCCAUUUCUGAGGUGGGGGGAAUCACAGAAUAGAGGGCGUGUGAUUAUUUGUUUUGUGAGCUUUUCAUGUGGUGGUUCUCACCAGAGCAACUUCACCGUACAAAAUGUGAGGUGGAGAGUUGCCUUGUGGUGGCAUCUCAAAAAAUAACCACACGAAACCCAAAUAGGAACGACAAGGCCAGCAGAAAAAUGGGUUUUGAUUACUCAUUUGGAACUGCCUAUUUUCUUCUGGCGAUAUUUAGAAACAUGGGAUAAGUCUCAAACAGAACGGAGGUGUGUGGCACAUCGGGGUUCCAUAGAGCAGCCAUUGACACUCUGCUGCCCUCCAGAUAUUUUGAACUGCAGCUUCCAUCAGGCCAAACAAAACAUCUGGAGGGUAUCAGUUUGGUGAAGGCUAUUAUAGAGUUUGGUUCCAAGCUAAAUAACUUCUCACAGGUGUUUUUUUU